AUGAUCCUGGGGGCCGAGUGCCCCUGCAACCUUGAGGCUUGCCCGGCCUCGUCUCCCCGGCGUAGCCUGCGCCGCGGACUGGCCCGGGCGGGCAUCUCUCGAAGCGCAGUGCUCCCAAUCCAGCCCCCGGCCUGCAUAGCGCUGCUGGCCACUGCGCAGCCCUUCAGCCUUCUCUGUAAGACAACAAAUUCAGUUGGACCUAGUAAUGCCCAUUUGCCCUCUGCGGAGCCCAGUAUGUACCAGUUGGACAUUACUUUAAGAAGAGGACAGCACUUAGCAGCACGAGAUCGUGGAGGAACAAGUGAUCCAUAUGUCAAGUUCAAAUUUGGAAGAAAAGAGGUAUUUAAAAGCAAGACAAUACACAAGAACCUCAAUCCUGUGUGGGAAGAAAAAGCUUGCGUAUUUAUAGAGAACCUUACAGAACCUCUGUAUGUAAAGGUCUUUGACUAUGACUUUGGACUGCAAGACGACUUUAUUGGUUCAGCAUUUUUGGAUUUGGCUUCAUUAGAAUUGAACAGGCAAACAGAUGUUACCUUGAAUCUGAAAGAUCCUCACUAUCCUGACCAAGAUAUGGGAAGCAUUUUGUUGUCAGUGCUUUUGACUCCGAGAGAGGAACAGCGAGAAGUCACAAUGCUAAUGAGGAAGAGUUGGAAAAGAUCAAGUAAGUUUCAGACCCAGAGCUUGCGCCUCUCAGAUGUGCACAGAAAAUCUCAACUCUGGCGGGGUAUAGUCAGUGUUACUCUGAUAGAAGGUCGUCGACUUAAAGCAAUGGAUGUGAACGGACUGAGUGAUCCCUAUGUGAAGUUUCGCUUGGGGCAUCAGAAGUACAAGAGCAAGAUUAUGCCAAAAACUUUGAAUCCUCAGUGGAGGGAGCAGUUUGACUUUCAUCUGUAUGAAGAACGAGGUGGAAUUAUUGAUAUUACUGUGUGGGACAAAGAUGCUGGCAAAAGGGAUGAUUUUAUUGGCAGGUGCCAAGUUGACCUAUCGAACCUUUCCAAAGAGCAGACUCACAAGCUGAGGCUGCCACUGGAAGAAGGAGAGGGGUUCCUGGUGCUGCUGGUCACCCUGACGGCCUCGGCUGCCGUCACCAUCUCUGACCUCUCACCUGACUCCUUGGAGGACCAGAAAGAGCGCGAGGAGAUAGUAAAGAGAUAUAGUCCACUGAAAAUCUUCCAUAACCUGAAGGAUGUGGGAUUUCUGCAGGUGAAGGUCAUCCGAGCAGAAGCGUUGAUGGCAGCUGAUGUCACAGGUAAAAGUGAUCCAUUUUGCGUAGUUGAAUUGAAUAAUGACAGACUGCUGACACAUACUGUCUACAGGAACCUCAAUCCUGAAUGGAACAAAGUCUUCACAUUGUACUUGUCAGACUUGCCACAGUUGUUUUGGGUUCUCUGUCAGUUCCAGCAGCUGGGGGUCAGGGGUCGGCGCGGGGGGGUAUUCAGCGGAGACCGCCAGACAGACGGCUGUCAUGUCCUUUUCCUGCAGAUUCAAAAUGGUCAACAGAAAGCGUACGUCUUGAAAAACAAGCAGCUGACAGGGCCAACAAAGGGGGUCAUCUAUCUUGAAAUAGAUGUGAUUUUUAAUCCUGUGAAAGCCGGCAUACGAACCCUAAUGCCCAAAGAGCAGAAGUACAUCGAAGAGGAAAACAGACUGUCCAAACAGCUGCUGCUAAGAAACUUUGUCCGUACGAAGCGUUGUGCCCUUGUGGUCAUAAAUGCUGCCUAUUACGUUAACAGCUGCUUUGACUGGGAUUCACCUCCAAGAAGUCUUGCUGCUUUUUUG